GGCCAGGCAAGCCAGGGCCAAGCAUCCAGCAUUCGUGCGCGUGCGCUGCGAUUACGAUUCGUUCAUUCGCAGCAAUCCGCUCUCUCGCGGCAAUCAUCGCUGCGGCAGCCGUACGCCGCAUGGCGGCGCUCAGCGGCGCGGCCACCCCACCGCAAAAGGUGCGCGUCGCGGUCUUCGGCGGCGCCUUCGACCCGCCGACGGUCGACCACGUGCGCUGCUGCGCGCAGAUUUUAAGGAGUCGGCGCGUCGACGAGGUCUGGCUGACGCCCUGCGGGCCGCGGCCCGACAAGCCCAACCUUGAGACGCCGACGCUGAAAAGAUGGGCCAUGUGCGAGAUUGCUGUCAAUAGCGCCUUGCCGCCGACGGCGAAGGUGCGAGUGUGUGAUGUCGAUGUCAAUCGAGAGCGGGCCUAUUUUACGUAUGACUUACUCACGCACCUAAACAAAACCAGAGGAGACACGCACGAGUUCUCCUUCGUUAUUGGUACUGAUUGGCUCACGAAAGAAACGAACAUAAGGGAGUGGGAGUCGGACGUCGGUGGCAAACGGGUGGUCACGGGGCACAAGCUCAUCGAGGAGUUCGACUUUUUGGUCCUCAAGCGGCCGGGGCACCCGGCCUACGGCGAACUCUCGGACUACGGUCCUCGAUUCAGCUAUUUGGACGUGGAUGGCGACUCCACAAAGUUCAUCGAGGGCGCCGGUUCUUCAACAGAUGUGCGCAACUGCCUGAAGGACACGCACGACUACGACGCCGUCGCGGGUUUGGUUCCUGCCGCUGUUUUAGCCUUCAUGCGGCGGCACCGGUUAUAUAUCGGGCCCGCGGAGACGCGCAUCGCGCGGGCGUCGUCAGGGCUCUAGCAUCGAUCGCUCGUGUUGCCUCGGGCGUUAGCUCGGAGGCCGUCUUUUUUCGUCGGACGUCUAAAACAUAG